AUGAUAGAAGCUGGAGGAGGAGGAGGAGGAAUGAGCAUGUUUAAAAAUUGUUUGUCCCUAGUUUGUUUGCCCGUGCAUUCACACAUACUCUCGGCACGGUGGAAUAGUUUGAUGACAAUGGGAUUAUUUGGGGCUAAGAUAGACCCGAAUGAAGUGUGCAAGGCCAAGCGAACCUACAAGUACCAGGGGUACCAGGUACUAUACACGUGUACCAGGUAG